AUGCUGAUGCCUAAGAGAAACCGGAUUGCCAUUUAUGAACUCCUUUUUAAAGAGGAAGUCACAGUGGUCAAGAAGGAUGUCCACAUGCCUAAGCACCUGGAGCUGGCAGACAAGAAUUCCCGAGGCUACUACGUGAAGGAACAGUUUGCCUGGAGACUUUUCCACGGGUACCUUACCAAUGAGGGUAUCCAGUAUCUCCAUGAUUACCUUCAUCUGCCCCUGGAGAUUGUGCCUGCCACCCUACGCCGCAGCCAUCCAGGGACUGGCAGGCCUCAGUCUAAAGGUCUGGAGGGUGAGCGACCUGCAAGACUCACAAGAGGGGAAGCCGACAGAGAUACCUACAGAGGGAGUGCUGUGCCCCCUGGUGCCGACAAGAAAGCCGAGGCUGGGGCUGGGUCAGCAACUGAAUUCCAGUUUAGAGGCAGAUGUGGUCGUGGACGCCGUCAGCCACCUCAGUAA